AUGGAACCUCAAGGGUCUAGGAAACUGGUUCCCAUACUACCUGCGCAACCGAUUCUAGACCCGACCCGACAAGAUGCUGCCCUCAACCCAGAGUCCUCGCUGGCUGGCCAAAGUCAAAGUCAAAGUCAAAGUCACAGUCUGGGCCAAAAGGCCAAGGGCAAAAGGAAUCUAGUCGCCAUAGCCUGCGAGGGAUGCCGUCGGAAGAAGGCCAAGUGUGAUGGUAGAAGACCGACCUGUAGCCGAUGCUCCUCCAAGAUGGAGAGUUGCUCAUACGAGGCCCCGCCAGUCCCCCAGGCCAUCAAGAAAAAGUGCGAAACCCUCAUGCUCGAGAACCAACAAUACCGAGAGCUGUUUAACGCCAUCCGCGACAGACCAGAUUGUGAGGCCCAAGAGAUCUACAAUCGUAUUAGAAAAUCAAAUGAGCCCUUCAGCGUCCUCGAGGCUAUAAAAGAAGCCGAGGUACUUCUGCCAGAUCAUGUCCGCAGACAGAGCGGAGGAACAUCGCAGGGAAGCCUGCCGAGCCUACAUCAUACGAGUUCUGGUCCGACUCAGGACAGUGACCUUGCGUGA